AUGCCUCGCCGCGUGCAGAGACGGCACCAUGAGCUGGAGGACUCGGGCAUCGCGCUCUGCGAGUCCAGGGCCGCACAGCUUGUUGCCCAUGUCCAACCUCCCGACGAUUCAUGCCACCAAUUCGGAACCGUCCUCGAGACCAAACUCACAGUCGCGGGAUCGAGCCAGAUCAAGGCCGCGGGGCCACCACAGAUCAGCCUCGUCCUUUGCGAAGUAGCAGACGAAUUCUCCGGGCUGUCCCCAAAUGAAACCGCAGAACGGCUCCAAACCUCCCUAACAUACGGCCUCUCGCCCGCCGAAGCUGUCACUCGAUUACACAACGGAAGCCCCAAUGAGCUCCCCCACGAACCGCCCGAACCGCUAUGGCUGCGAUUCGCCAAGCAAUUCAAGGAACCCUUGAUCCUCCUCCUGCUAGGCUCUGCUGGAAUGUCGAUUGUUGUUGGGAACGCAGAUGAUGCUAUCAGUAUCACGGUGGCGGUGACAAUCGUGGUUAUGGUAGGGUUCAUACAGGAGUACCGGUCUGAGAAGUCCAUUGAGGCCCUGAGCCAUCUGGUCCCGAACCACGCCCAUCUCAUUCGCGGAGAGCCGCAGAGACCGACAAGCGCACGAACGUCGACCUGGCAGCCUGGGGCAGCAGAUGCGCCAGAGGAGGAGCGAUUGGCGGAUGCGACAGCAGAUGCCGAAGCGAAAAUAGAGGCCACAUCAAGCAGAGUUAUGGCCACGCAGUUGGUUCCUGGGGACUUGGUGUUAUUCACGACUGGCGACCGGAUACCCGCAGACAUUCGAGUGACAAAAGCCUCCGACUUGACAAUCGACGAAUCGAACUUGACUGGAGAGAACGAACCCGUUAGAAUAACCGCCGAGGCGAGGCAAACAAAUUCAAAUACUCGAUCGAGAUCGGCCAACCUUGAACCACCGGGAUCCCCAGAAUAUGCCUCUGCGGGUAGUGGAACCGUUGGAGUGGAUACACGGCUGAACAGCAACACGAACAUAGCGUUCAUGGGCACAUUAGUCAGAUCUGGAUAUGGCCAAGGAAUUGUCUACGCGACGGGAGGAAAUACACAUUUCGGUACAAUUGCUGCGAGUGUGACAGAAACAGAGAGUCCCAGGACACCUCUGCAACUUUCCAUGGACUCCCUUGGAUCUCAGCUCAGUCAGGCCUCUUUUGCUAUCAUUGCUGUGAUCUCGUUGGUUGGAUGGUUCCAGGGAAAGAAACUUCUGGAAAUUUUCACCAUUUCCAUUUCUUUGGCUGUAGCGGCCAUCCCAGAAGGUCUUCCGAUUAUCGUGACAGUUACCCUGGCGCUGGGGGUGCAUCGGAUGGCGAGGCAUAAUGCGAUCGUACGAAAGAUGCCCAGUGUGGAGACACUGGGUUCUGUCAAUGUGGUGUGCAGUGACAAGACAGGAACCUUGACUAUGAACCACAUGACAACAACAAAAAUGUGGUUUUUUGGUGCCGAUGGGCCAGUUGAUGUCGACACCCUGAACGAGGCAGCCGAUGCCAAGGCCGAUGCAGUGACCCUACGAAUUCUGCGCAUUGGUAACAUUGCCAAUAACGGGUGUCUCAAUCGGCUACACGAGAACCCCCAGUCUGCUUCUUCCAUAGCCGUAUUGUCAUCAACCGAAAGCUCGGAAAGUUCCGGCCUCCAAAGCAGAUGGGUUGGCCAGCCUACUGAUGUAGCCAUGCUGGAUCUUCUGGACCGAUUCAAGGAACACGAUGUGAGGGACAGUCUUGGAAAUCGCAUUGGGGAGACACCUUUCAGCUCGGAACGAAAAUGGAUGGGUGUUACUGUUGGGGAUGCAAGUCACGAUGGAGGCUCAAACUCCAAGGAGGUCGCUUACAUCAAGGGUGCUGUGGAUCGUGUCCUGAGUAGAUGUGAUACGUACUUGACAAAGGAUGGCCGUGAAGUGGUUUUGGAUUCCACAAAGCGGCAAGAAGCCCUGGAUGCCGCUGAGAAGUUAGCUAGCGAAGGUCUUCGUGUUCUUGGAUUUGCGAGUGGUCCAGUUGCGAGGCAUGGCAGAUCGCUCUCAGCAGUCAGCCGAAGCAGCACACCCACUAUCAAACAAGCAGAGCCCCAUGUCUCCCAUGGCGAGGAUGUCUACAAGGGUCUCGUCUUUGCUGGAUUGGUUGGGAUGAGCGAUCCGCCAAGACCAGGCGUGAAGAAAGCGAUUCGACGGCUCAUGCGCGGAGGGGUGAAAGUCAUCAUGAUCACCGGCGAUGCAGAGACAACAGCUGUGGCUAUUGGAAAGAAGCUCGGCAUGGCUAUCGCCCCUCAGCGAGGGCACACCGCCAACCAAAAUGCCGUACAUUCGGUCUUGAGCGGAGCCGAGAUCGAAGAGAUGUCCGCUGAAGAACUGGAGGCUGCUAUAGCAAACACCUCGAUAUUCGCCCGAACGAGUCCAGACCACAAGAUGAAGAUCAUCCGCGCGCUGCAAGCCCGAGGCGAUAUCGUAGCCAUGACCGGUGAUGGCGUGAACGAUGCUCCGGCACUGAAGAAAGCCGACAUUGGCAUCUCAAUGGGUCGACAAGGCACAGAUGUGGCGAAAGAAGCUGCUGAUAUGAUCUUGACAGACGACGAUUUCUCUACCAUCCUCAAAGCCAUUGAGGAAGGCAAGGGUAUAUUCAACAAUAUUCAGAACUUUCUUACAUUCCAACUAAGUACCAGUGCUGCGGCGCUCAGCUUGGUGUUACUCUGCACAUCUUUCGGAUUCAAGAACCCUUUAAACGCGAUGCAAAUUUUGUGGAUUAACAUCAUAAUGGAUGGUCCCCCCGCCCAAUCCCUAGGCGUUGAGCCCGUCGAUCCCGACGUAAUGAACCGCCCUCCGCGUACCCGCAACGCUCCCGUCCUGACCCUCCCUCUCAUAAUCCGUGUCCUGACGUCCGCUAGCAUAAUCAUGCUCGGUACGCUCGGCAUCUACAUACACGAGAUGACGAGCGACAAUCAAAUCACGAAACGCGACACCACCAUGACAUUCACCUGCUUCGUGCUAUUCGACAUGUUCAACGCGCUGAACUGCCGCUCGGAGUCCAAAUCCGUGUUACGAGGAGAAGUUGGCCUGUUUUCGAACACACUAUUCAACUGGGCGGUCAGCUUGAGUCUGGGCGGCCAGGUUCUCGUGAUAUACUUUCCCUGGUUGCAAGAGGUGUUUCAGACCGAGGGCCUCGGGGUUGGCGAUCUGCUGCUGUUAGUGGCGAUAGCGAGUAGCGUCUUCUGGGUCGACGAGGGUAGGAAAUGGUGGAAAUCCCGAGAGAGGAGGAGGGGGCCCGGGGGCGGGUAUAGUCAGCUUGUUUGA